AGAAGAUGGCUGCGGAAGGGGGAAGAGCCUGAGCUCUUACAGAUUUAAUAGUCGAGGACAGACAGUCCUGGUACUGCAGGAGACGCGAAGAGGAAGCGAGUUGUGCUGGAGCGAAAACAGUGACGGUUCUCAUGUUGUCUUCGUCUCUGGCUGGCUGUUAUUCGGUCGGCAGUGAAGAGCUGAGCCGCUCGGCUGUGGCUAACUGCAGAGCCGAGACGAGCUAACAGUUAUUGCUUCAGUAUCACUGGCAGCUCCGGUGAGCCCGGCUACGAGCGGAAAAUCAAGAAGAGAGACUGUGAACAGGAACUGUGGAAGGUGGGAAGAGUGUGCUGGAGCUCUGUCUCAGACGUUAUCACGAGGAAUUUUCUAUCACAGGAAAUAUGAAGCGUUAGCUUUCUAUGCUACACUGUGCUACAGGUAUGGAGUGGUGUCGGCUACAGACUGGAUGACAUUGCUGACCUGUCUCAGUCCAACAUUCUGACUGCCCUGUUACCGUGACAACCCUUACUGAGGACACCAGCGGAACUCCGUCCUUUUUAUGCUCUCACCUCCCAUUCUCUCUUGUGCACCUGUACACACUCCUGUCUUUGGCUGUUUUGCAUUACUUGCGCCCUUCCUUCCCCUCUUUCCCUCUCCUCUCCUCUCUUCUUCCCCUUCCUCUCCUCUUCUUUUCCCAUCCCUUUCUCUCCUCUGAUCUUUCCCUCUGUCCUGGAAGAACCCCACCUCGAGAAUUUUGACCUUAGGCCGAGAAGAUGAGCUGGCUGAGUCGUAUAACUCCCAGAGGUCCAGAUGGGCGGAACAGUCGGAACAUUGCCCCAUCUAGCCCAUGCACUGCCGACCCCGAGACAUGCCUGAUGGUGUUUGAGAACCAUUGGAGACAGGUGUCGUGGGUAUUGGAGCAGAGGGACUCUGUGGCUGGGGGAGCUGAUGAUUUGACAGCAGUGAGGAAUCACACUGAUCAAAUGCUGUGUCUACUGGCAGAGGAAAAACCAGCAGGGGGCGACAGUGAGCCACCAGCUUUAGGCCCCAUUCUGGAGCUGGUGGUGUCCGAGAACAUCCUGGAGCGACUGGUACAGUGGCAUGUGCGCCGUGGUCUGGACCCUGACAGCCAGACAGCUCUGCUGAAGCUGUUUGAAAUGCUGAUUGGCCAAUCCCAUCAGCCCUUACUCCAGAACAGUGCCGUGCUUCAGCCACUGCUCAUCUUGCUGGGAGCCUGUGUAGACCCUCAGCUCGGCUGUCCCCCGAACCUGGAGGCCAGCCUCGUACUGCUGCUCAACCAGGUUUGUGUGUCCAUGGCGAGGCAGCCUGCUGUGUUGGAGCUGUUGUUCAGGUGUGGUACAAUACAGCAGGGUCCCACAAAUCUGCUGAUCUUCUCUCUGCUGGUACCGUUUAUCCAUCGAGAUGGAGCUCUGGGACAGCAAGCUCGCGAUGCCUUGCUUCUGGUCAUGGCUACCUCGGCCAGCAACCACGCUGUGGCCCGCUACAUCACUGAGAACUCCUACUUCUGUCCGGUACUAGCAACGGGCCUGAGUGCACUCUAUUCCUCCCUGCCACGGAAGAUUGAGGUGCGUGGUGAUGACUGGCAUGCUCUGCGGAGGGAGGACUGGAUGGGUGUGUCCUCUCUGGUCCUCUUCAUGAACAGUUUAGAGUUCUGUAACGCCGUGGUACAGGUGGCACACCCACUCGUCCGCUGCCAGCUAAUUGACUACCUCCACAAUGGCUUUCUGGUACCAGUCAUGGGUCCUGCCCUGCACAAGUCAUCUGUGGAUGAAAUGAUAGCAAGUACAGCGUAUCUGGAUCUUUUUCUGCGUAGUGUCACAGAGAAGUCCCUCCUCAAGUCCUUUCUUCGCUUCAUACUGCUGCAUCGUCAUGACAAUGACACAAUCCUCGAUACACUGCUGACGCGCAUCAGCAGCAACUCACGGCUGUGCAUGGUCUCUCUCAGUCUCUUCAAGACUUUACUCUCCCUCAACUGUGAAGACCUCAUGCUUCAGCUCGUUCUCAGGUAUUUGCUGCCUUGCACUCAUGUGAUGCUGAGUCAGCGUCGUGCAGUCAGAGAGAUCGACCUCUACGGCAAAUCAGCCGAUAAGUUCCUGUCUCUCAUCCCAGAAUGCUGCCAAAUCACCACAGCAGCCUGUAAUGAAAAGGAGGAGGAACCUGCUUUCUGGGGCAAAGUGUUGGGUAGCCCCACUGCAGAGUCUCCUAUUCAUGCCAAACCCAGCACUCCAUCCCGCUUGACUCUCUUCAUUAGGCAGCAAAAUACGGGCAACCCAUCCUCCACUGCUGCUUCCGACAACACUCCCUCCUCUCCUCGGGGCAGCAUUUCCACACCAUCACCCAACAGCCCCAUGCAUCAGCUUCCAGAGGCUUCAGAAGCCGAGUCUGGUUACCUGGAGUACCUUAGAGAUGCACGACGGGGAAUUGAGCUCUGCUCAUGGGCCUGUCGGGACUGGUCAGCCCCUUAUGAUGGAGAAAAUCCUUCCCCCAAUUCAGCACCACCUCCACCACUGCCUCCCACAUCUAACCCAUCUCUCAGUAUGGUGCCUGAGCACUUCUCCAUGCAGCCAAGUGGGCUUAAAGACAUCCAGCAAAGGGCAGCCAUGGUGGCAGCAGCGCGUGCAGAAUGGAGCAACUCGGAUCGAAACAGUGGAGAGUGGGAUGUAACGAUCACUAAGAACUGCAUCAGCCUCACACCUCGCAGCAAGAAACGCAGCCUGUUGCCUAAUUCUGUCUCCCUGCAGCCACCCUCAUCAACAGUUCCCCUAUUAGGGCCAGGAGAACCUGCAGGUCACCAACCCCACACACUUUCACAUCGAGCACUCUAUAACGGCACCGGACAGGCAGAUGAGUGUGUGGAUAUGUCUGAUAGAGGGAUGGAGGUGAAGAAGGUAAAGAGAGAUGCAGAUGCUAGUGGACGAGUGGAAGAAUUAGGUGUGAACGGAAGGGCGGGUAUUGUAUCUACAGAAUCCAGUCUUCCCCUCCAGGGAGAGUAUAGUUCGGUGAUAAAACCAUCUCAGGUGCAAUCUACUGCGCUUCCACAACCACAGACAAGCCCAGCUAACUUGCAGUCCUCAGCCCAGGAGUGUAAAUCCAGUGAGGGACAAAGAUCGACUCCAGCCUUGAGCUCAACUGAAACAUUCAUCACAACAAGCUGCAGCAGCCCAGGGCUAGAGUCAGUCGAGAGUCUGAUUGAUGAGCUGCUAGAACAAGCACCAUCUGAACCACUGUCUGGAGACUCUAAUGGCCAGGGCAUCAGCAUUGAAGCAUUCCACCAAGAGCUACGAGACCUAGAGGAGCGAGUAAAGGGAAGGAGGGUUCACAAGCGAAGCACUGAUGAGUUCAUACAGGAUCCCUUAUCUAAUCCUCCUGAUCCAAACCGGCCAGAUGAGGAGUGCUCUUUGUUGGAGACAGAGCAGGGAGCUGAAGAAUCAAAGCCUGAAAGCUCCACCCCAGCCAUGUUCAGCCCUGCACGACCACUUGGACAACCUCAAGCACAACCAUACAUAGGUCCCUUUUUGACGGUGCUCUUUUCAAAGCUGGAGAAUAUGAUGCAAAAUUCAUUGUAUGUGAACAUUCUGUUGACUGGCAUCGUGUUUCAGCUUGCCUGCUACCCUCAGCCUCUCCUCCGCUCCUUCCUUCUUAACACAAAUAUGGUGUUCCAGCCUAGUGUCAAGUCUCUUGUACAGGUGCUUGGAUCUGUGAAGAAUCGUAUUGAAGUGUUUGCUGCAGUGCACGAGGACUUUCCAGCUAUGCUGAGGAAGGCUCGGCGCUUCCUUGUCACACGAGGCAAACUAGACUGGACGGAUUCGCCCACGGGUGUACCCCCUCUCCGUCGAUCAGACUCAAUGGUGAAGAGUCGGAAGCCAUCACUGGGUGAGCUGAUCCUGAGGCAUACUAACAGUCCAACGCGAGCACGUCACGCAGCUCAGGCAGCUCUGGCCCACGUAAGGGAUGGGAGCCAUUCUCUGCACAGCGCUCUGUUCCGCGGCGUGGUGGCCGGAACUGGAACUUCCAGUCUGGAGAAACAGGCAGAGGCGCUGCGGGUAAAGAACACGGUUUAUUGCGCUGUAAUCUUCUCUGAGUUUCUCAAGGAGCUGGCAGCUUUGGCCCAGGAGCAUGCCGUGGCCAUGCCCUUCCCACCCAGCCAGGACACUGAGGAGUGACGGACAUUGCGCUCAAUCUUCCUACGGUUUUUAAAAGGAAUAAGACAAGAAAUGUGAGGAUAGGUGUAAUUACAUGUUUAUAAUAAUUUUUUAAAACUGUACAGGAUAUGUAAGAGCUUCAUUGUUAAAAGUUUAGAAAGAUGUCCAUAUAAAUCUUGUAUAAAUUCUAUAUAAAAUAUGUAUAAUGUUUUUACACAGUAUGCUCAGAGCAACUUGUAUGCUUUAACAUGGCUGUACAUAAGCACUCCCGAAAGAAAAACUUUGGUGUUAUUUCGCAAAUUUUUUUUUUAAAUGUAAGAGGCAUGCUGCUGUGAUCUUUUUAUUAUACUAGGUUUGUACCAAGUAAUUCUAUACAAGGGAUCUACUAAAAAAUGCAAACAAAGCUCAGUAAAACCCACAUAUUUCUGUUACUUUUAUAGAUUUAUGUAGGGAAAUGAUUUUCAUAACGUGGCUUGAUUGUCAGUAACCAUUAUCAGGGCCUCGUCAGCUGGCCUGAGCAUUUACUAUGUACAACUCCAUUUAUCCAAACAAAGUGAAGGAAAUGACAGCUCGACAGUGAACUCACGCAGCACCUACCCUUUAAGUAUAAAUGUUUUUUGAGUCUUGUCCAAGUAGAAAUACGGUUUUUAAAACAUGAUUGGUGUGAAUAAGUUAAAAUAUACAUUUAACACAAUGGGGUCCCCCCCCCCUUCCCUCCAUUUUUAUAAAAAGGGGAAAAAAAACCCAACCUGUCCUAAAAUCUACAAUGAGGAGCAGUGGUCAGUUAGCUCUCGUGGCUUAUGCAAUAUUCUACUCACUGAAAUUGUGGGUGCAUUUUGUUGUGUAUUGAGAUGGAGUAUUUGAAACUGAGCACAAGUUGCCUGGGAAAAGAGUUUUGUUAUUUAUAGUACAAGAUUGUCAGUUGUGUACUGUAGCCUGUUUUUGAAAAGAUGCUGCAGCCAGAAUAUAUAUAAAUUUUUGUAGACAUGCCUUUCCAUUGUUUUACCCCACAAACUAGCUAAAUGAAAAUGAAGUCAUUGCCUAACUGAAGCACAUGACUCGUGUUUGUAGCAAGGAAUAUUUAAAUCUAAUAGCACUCUUAAAAAUACAUAAUGUUCGUUAGUAUAGUGAUAUUGAGUCGUUUUUUGUCUUUUUUUUUUUUUUUUUAAACAAAAAAGUAAAUGUGUACAGCUUGGUACACUGCAUUUUAGAGGCAUUCAAAUAAAUUGUGGUCUCUCAUGGGUGAUUGCCGUAGGGGUCCCCAAAGAUUAUAUCUGACACGUUGGCGUACUGUUUGCUGAGUGUUUUAGUGACUGGACAUAAAGUAAGGACUAUUAUUCUUUCCACAUUCACUGGAUGUGAGCAAUUGCGUGCUCUGAUUGGCUACUCUACUACUAGGAUAUCAGCUCAUAUACCAUUUAGUAGAGAAAAACAAAAUGGUGGAGUGUAUUGCUGAAUGAACUGAGGAUGAAAUAAAAAAAAACUACUUGAAAACAAAAAACAAAAUCCUAAAAAAAAGCAACAAAAUAUGGAAUAAAAGUAUUUGCUGGUAAGAGUGUGUGUCCAUCAACCAAGAAUUAUUAUAGCAUUUUUCACAAAUUGCUACUGUCAUUUCACCAGUUGGUUUACGCUCUAAGUGGAAAUUAUUUUUUUUGGAAGUUUUGUAUAAAGUUUUUGUAUUUAUCGAAUUUGUAAAAAUAUAAAAAUGCUCUGCUUCCCAAAAUCCAGUGAAUGUGGAUAGAAUAAGAGUUAUUACAUUCAAUCUUACACACUCACUCAUCGUACGUGGCUUAUAGCCAACUCGGUGCUACACGCCUCAUUGGCUAUCAGCUCAUGCACGACUUGAUUUUGUAGAAUAGCUGUUAAAUGUACAGUGAGUUGGUCGUUGUUGCGAAAUAAACCCUGACAGGGUGAUGCAGGACCUCGAUGUGAAGUGGAAGAGCCUUGAAUCACCCAGAAGGGGUUUAAUUUUGCAAUAAUGCCUGGCUUGCUGUACAUUUAUCCUGCUUGUUCCAUGGCUACUUGUUAAAGAAAUCAAUAAUUUGACACAAUGUUGAUUUAAAAAUGUUUUUACUUCCACCAGUGAUGUGGUCCAUAGCAACGGUCUGUUGUACAGAAAUAUAAACCCCACACUUAAUUGACCAAUCAGAACGGAGUCUUCAACAAAGCUGUGUAAUAAAAGGAUAUAACGGACAUGGCAAUGCAAAAUUGUGACUUUUGUUAAAAUACCGUGGCUUGAAGAUCUAAUACUAGGCUACAGAAUAUAAAAUGAGAACCAACUAACAUUUAAGCCUGAAUGUAAACCCCCGGCAGAAUGCCAGUAAUGUAUAUCACAAAUGUAUCCACUGUUUCAGUGAGUAGUUCAACUAUAGGGGGGGAAACCUGGGAGUCGACCAGUCGAGCACGAUCAUCUCAGAGCAUCUGUUCCUAGACAUGUCAUCUCAGAAAGUUACAAAGAGGUCAUAGGAAGAGCAAACCAUCUGCAUGCUCUACUUUAUUUUUUUUGUUCCUUUUGUCAAAUUAUUUUUUUUAUUCCAAAUACAGCGUGUUGAAUAUCCUCUCUGACUGGAGGUGGUCAUGAGAGAUUGAAAUGGCACAGGAAAUUGACUGGAAGGAGAACACGACAGGAGCAGGCAGAUAAUCAUUGCAACAGGAGAAUUAGAUUUUUGAAAAGGCACUGAUCCUUUACUGGCUCUUUAUGGCGCCCCAUUUAGUUUCCCUGGUGGCCUGUUUCGUAGAUGACAAGACUGUGUCAGGUUUUUAUAGGCGAGUUCCAGCCUGUGCAGGGAAUGUGCCAAGUUCAGAGAAGCAGAAGCCAUCUUAGUGUUGCAGUAAGGUUACUGUAUGUUUUUUAAGUUUAAAUUUAUUUUGGAUUCCCCCACAGGAGACUUUAGUAUUCAUUGUGAAAAUACUGCAUGUUGUGGUGGGUGGUUUGUUCCCUUUAUUAUUAUUAUUAUUAUUAUUAUUAUUAUUAUUAUUAUGAUGUACUGGCUCUCAUUUGGGUGCAGGCAAUUUUUGCCAGAAUCUACCUUGAUUAAUUCCACGAAAUUAUUCUCAGCCAUAAAGACAAUGUAAGACACUUUUUCUUAUACUUACUAUACACUUACUUUCAUGUCGUAUGCACUUGUUUUAAUGUACCAAAUCAUAUUACAGUGCUGUCCCAUUCAAUGAAAGUGGCUUUUUUUUUUUUUUUUUUUAAACACCUGUAAAUUGAAUCAUUUUCAGUUGUUGUACAUGUAUAUAAAAUGCUGGUUAAAUUAAGAUGAUGGAUGUAAAUGUUGCAGCUUGGACUCUUAUCGAUCAAUCCAUCCAUUUAUCCCCGCUUAGCCAUACUGCGCUCCAUUACAAGCAAGCUUUUCUUAUCUCGGACUUUGAAUGAUUCCAGUGGCGUAUUUGCUUUCCAGAGAUGCGUAGAAUACUGAAGUGUCAUUUCAGUCAGGAGAUUUAUUUGUGGCUGUUGUUAAGAGCAGGACAUUUUUCCUAUGUUUGCUUAAGCAUUUUGUGUGUGUUUGUUUUGGGGGGUGGCAAUAUUUUUUUUUUUUUUUAAAUAUUCAUCUCAAAAUAUUAACUGACAAACUUUUUUUUUUGUUGUUCAGGGUUUCUGAAAUGUCUAGAUACCAGGUUCUUACUGAGUAGUCACUUUAAAGGUGCUCCAAGUUAUCGACAGGAGCAAAAAUUUCUUUUACGAGUGAUGUAAUGCCACUGGUUGUGGUUUCUGUACGUGUGUUAAAGUGGAGAGAUGAAUAUUAAAUAGCUGAUUUAGGAACAUCAGGAGAUAUGGUGCCAAGUGUUGCGUAGUAAACAGGUUUCUGGCCCUUUCUAGUGUUUUUACUGCUAGUUAGAUCUAAAAAUUUCUAAACGAGGCACCUUUGUGUACAUACCUUGAGAAAGUGUGUUCUGCCACGGUUUUGUGUUUCAGCCUCGGAGCCUGUCGAGGCUACUCCAGUACACAUGGUUCCAGGAGGUUUGACCUCCAGGAUAUAAUCAAUAUUUUAAAACUGGCUAAAAAAUUGUGCUCGAGUAAUGAAGCUUUUGACAAAGUAAUUGCUUGUUCUCAGUUGCUGGCUUUUGAAAAUUUGCAAAAUUUCUGUAUAAAUUCAGUGGAACCCAUAAAGGAUUUUGAAGCUGAUUUUUAUUCAUUAAUUAGCUUGUUUAAUUUCUUUCUUUUUCUUAUCUUGGCUGUUUUGAAUGGUGAAGUGGUGUUGUGUUUGCGGCUUGUUAUCUAUGCAAACCUGCUCCUGUUGCUCUUAGUCUGACAUGGUUCAGUUUUUGUUUAUACACAGUAACGCUUAAACUUGGGGCAAUUCACCAAGCCCCCUUUUUCUUUAACAGUUCAGAGCUGUAUGGCACCAAAUGUAAAAUAAUGAAUGUUGCCAGAAAUAUUUUUCUAUAAAGAUCCUGAUGAGUACAGCUGAUCUCAGUAGGGGGAAAUCAAUGGUUACACUUUAAAAUCUGUAAAACACUAAAAGGGAAAUUGUUUUUUUUUCUUUUUUAAAUUAAGUUAUAAAUGUUUUACUUAGCAAUA